AACUGUUCGAGUCGCCUUCAGGAGCAAUGUGCUCUGAACGUUCUCUUAAAAGUCAACAAGCUUCAAUCAAUUUCAAGAUUCAGUAUCCACUGAGACUUUGAGUAGAUUGCUAGGUUGGUAAGAAAUGGUUCAAACCGAAAACAGAUACUGCAAACUUAUCCUUGGUUACCCAAAAGUUUGUUUUGCUCUAGCUCUUGGUUGCCAUGUUGUAGCUGUACUCGCCACUGGUCUGAUGAUAUCUUCUGGCUAUGAUAUACUGCCAUUAGACCUUUCCGAGCUUCCUAUGAAACUAGAAAACAGUGAUAUCAAACUACAAGGAGAYGCCUGGAAAUUUGUAACUUCUGAUCCAAGGGUCACUUGGAGCUUCGAAAAUCCCAGUGGCCACAAAGAAGCAUUGAGGAGUUCUCGAUAUGAUCCACUUGAAAUAUAUUACCAACAACAAAACAAUCAAAAUGUUCUUACAACAGAGAACCUUAAAGAGAUUCAGAACUUUGAGGAGUCGCUCUUCAAUAACUCUGUCUAUCAGAAUAAACUUUGUCUGCUGAAGCCCAACACAAAAUGUACAAAACCCUCCUCAAUUAUUCGCUUCUUUGACGGAACGUAUAGUAAUUUACAUCCCAAUUUGUUUGACCCAUUUUUCACAAAUAUUUCGAAUGUGCUGAAAACUGCCAUAUUGAUGUUGCCCACGGCAAAGGACCAUUUUUCCAAUGACUUUAAAAUAACUACAACCGUAUCAACGGCCUCUGCAUUAAGGUCUAUGUUCUUAACUGGCAACCCUUUUGAGGGAUUCAAAAGUACUCAUGAUCGACAAAAUGAGCAGCUGGCGAAAUGCCGAGAACUGGCUGGAGAUGCCUUUGGGAGUAUACUUGACAACACUUUCAAGAAAGGUCUUGGAAAACUGAAAAUCUAUUAUCGUAUGAAUUCUCUUGUGAUGAAUGUCAUACAAAGACAAGUUAUCUGGGACUUGUUUCUUGUCGCUGGCAGUUUUGCUUUCAUCUUUGUGUUCAUGAUCGUACAGACACAGUCCUUGUGGAUUACCGGAUGGAGCAUCUUUAGCAUUUUUUCUUCAUUUUUUGGGGCGAAUAUUAUCUAUCGUAUACUCCUAGACUACCGCUAUAUUGGGAUUUUUCACGUCCUUACUGUGUUUAUCAUCGCAGGCAUCGGAGCAGACGACGUCUUCGUAUUUUAUGAUACGUGGCGAAGCUCCAGGGAUAAAGGAUUUCCGACAAUACUCGAGAGAUUCUCUUUCACGUACAACCAUGCUGCAAAAGCAAUGCUAAUUACAUCGAUAACAACCUUCGUUGCAUUUCUUACAAACGUUCUCUCCCCACUUCUUGCAGUCUCAAGUUUUGGUGUGUUCUCUGCUUUGAUUGUAAUGGUGAAUUACAUCUCGGUCAUCGUAUUYAUUCCCACUGUGCUAAUAACUUACGAACUUUAUUGGAAAGACUGGAAAUGGCCUUCCCUUAGAUACUUUAAAAACAAAACCAGUCCAAGUGAUGGAGAGGGAGUGGCAGAACAGAAUAAUAUCCGACAAUCGGUGGAUCCAACACAGAAGAUUGCUGCAUUCCUAGGAGAGACGUUCUAUUCAUCUGUUAUUGGCCAUAAAGUACUCCGUUGGGUAGUGAUGUCGAUUGGCGUUGCUGUUAUAAGUGUAUCGAUUUCAUUCGCUGUACAGCUAGUGCCUAACGAAGACCAGAUUGAUUUUAUGGGACCAGGUUCAAACUGGUAUGAUGUAAGACGACUUCGAGAUAAUUCAUUCAAUCCUAGCGAAGAAGAUCAAUUUUUUAGUGUAUACGUGGUGUGGGGACUUCAAAACCAAGAUCGAUCUGAUUGCCAUUUCACGGACUAUAAAUGUGCUGGGAAUUCAGUGUUUGACAAUAGUUUGGACAUCAGUAACCCUCCCUGCCAAAUGGCUUUAUUGGGUUUAUGUAAAGAAAUCGAGACACUCUCAGGCGAAAAGCUAAAAUCACUCAAUAUAAGGCGUGACCAAGUUACGAAUACUCCUAUAGUCAAGUGUUUCCUGGCAGCCAUGGAAAGUUAUUUCAAGCAAGAAUCUAAAAAAGCAAAAUACCCCAACGGGACAGACUUGCGACUUCCUUUCAAUAUGAACAAAGUGGAAAUUCUAAUGAAGCACAAUCCACAAAUCUACAAUAUGUCAAGGAUUUCAGACGAAUAUUAUCGCUACUUGGAGGUAGCUAUCGCUCAUUGGAUGACACAAGGAAACACGUCAUAUAGUAAUCCAGAUUUUAAAAUUUACCAAAAAUAUAUUGGAGGAAAACUGGACACUACGCUGAACGCUAGCAAUAUUAUUCAAGGUACUGAAUGUAUACAGCUAUUUCAGAAAACGUUGAAUACUGAACAUAGUGUAUUCCAAUAGCAAAAUGCAUUGUUGACCGUCCGAGUGAAUAAAUGAACUCCUUUUACAGUCAAUAACUUUAUUGGAAAGCGAUUAGAGUCUGCUCCCAGUYGUCAGGGGAGAGAUCCUGACUAAGAAGAAUCGAAAUCAGAAACUGAUAAAACAAAUUUUCAUUAAGUGCGGGUACGAUCAUCGAAUUUGAAUUGUUUUUGUACAUAUACCUCUUUAUGGAGAUCCAAAUACUGUAAGUAUUUCUGAUAAUUUUGUUUAUCGAUACAUCAUCGAAAAGCAGGAGAAAUCGAGCUUUGAAAGUCGUUUAUUUCCUAUCCGCCAUUAAUCUGAGCCGAAGUGACGUCGGUUGGCGGUUUUAUCCAAACGUGAAGCAUAUAAUAACAAUAAUAAUAAAAGUUUUCAGGACGCAAUUAUAAAAUCUCAUUGCGUUAACUAUAAACAUGGAUAAACAUUAAUUAGUAUAAAAAUGACGUCUAAAUAAAAAUGUCUUUAGGCUAGAUUUGAAACUGUCAACAGACGGAGAAGUUUUAAUAUAUUCAGGUAGGAUGUUCCAUAGUUUAGGUGCAGAAAAUGAAAACGAUUGUUCACCAUAGUAUUGAGUGUUAGGAGGAUAGUUUGACUGUAGUGGAGACUUUGUAGAAGAGCGUAGUGUCCGGGUAGGUUUGUAAGGUUUGAUAAGAUCAGACAGGUAUGACGGAGCUUGGUUAUGGAGGCAUUUAUAGGUGAGUAGUAGGAUCUUGAAUUCAAGCCUAGCAUGUAUCGGCAACCAGUGCAGAUCGUGAAGGACUGCAGUAAUGUGGUCUCUUUUUCGGCACCUGUAAUMAGUCUUGCAGCAGUSUUCUGUAUUCUCUGAAGUUUUGGAAGUUCAGAAAAUGGUAAUCCAAACAGUAGGCUGUUGCAAUAAUCGAGGUGUGAAAGAACCAAUGCAUUGACAAGACGCUUCAGAGAGUCCAUUGAUAAGUAUUUCCUAAUGCGACCGAUGGCGUUAAUGAAGAAGAAAGCUUUCUUAGAGAUGUUUUUGAUGUGAUCAGCUAGAGUAAAAUUAGUGUCCAUGUAAACACCAAGGUUACGAACCUUUGUUUUAAUGU